UUGAGUUUCUCUCCAUGGUAUUCUUAGAAUGCAAGAAAAGUUGGGAGAAUGUGAUCAAUUAAACUUUCUUUCAAAAAAGAAAAUCAAAAGAAAAAGAAAAACCGCCAAACUUCCUUCAUUCUGUUUUCACCAUCCCUCCCUCGGCAAUUAGAAAAGUAGUCCAUAGUUGAAAUCCGUAACCGCCCAAAAAUGGCAUUGCAUUCCCGUAUCAGUGUCAUCCUAAUCAUCUUCAUACUGUUUUGCUUCCUCGUGUUCCUGGUCAGCGGAAUUCAAAUAAUCUCCAAAUCGAAACUCGAGAAGUGCGAGAAGAACUCAGACUCCAAAAAUCUCAAUUGUACCACCAAAAUCGUAGUGAACAUGGCUGUUCCCAGUGGCUCGAGUGGAGGAGAGGCGUCGAUUGUUGCGGAAUUGGUGGAAGUGGAGGAAAAUUCAACCAGGAAAAUGCAGACAUUGCGGAUUCCACCCGUGAUAACGAUCAAUAAAACUUCUGCGUAUGCGUUGUAUGAGUUAACAUAUAUACGAGAUGUUCCUUAUAAACCUGAAGAGUAUUAUGUUCAGACACGAAAAUGUGAGCCAGAUGCUGGGGCAAAUGUAGUGAAGAUAUGCGAGAGACUGCGAGAUGAAGAGGGUCAUAUUAUUGAGAACACUCAGCCAAUUUGUUGUCCAUGUGGGCCUCAAAGGCGGAUGCCUUCAUCAUGUGGAAACUUCUUUGACAAAUUAACAAAAGGAAAGGCCAAUACUGCACAUUGCGUGCGUUUCCCUGGUGAUUGGUUUCAUGUUUUUGGCAUUGGGCGGAGAACUUUGGGGUUUAGUGUUCGAAUACAGGUGAAGAGUGGAACUAAAAUUUCGGAAGUGGUUGUGGCGCCUGAAAACAGAACAGUGAUCUCUGAUGAUAAAUUUUUGAGGGUUAAUCUUAUUGGAGAUUUUGUUGGGUACACAAAUAUACCAUCUUUUGAGGAUUUCUAUCUAGUUGUACCAAGGCAGGGCAGCCCUGGUCAACCGCAGGAUUUGGGUAGAAACAUUUCUAUGUGGAUGCUGCUCGAGAGAGUGAGAUUUACCUUAGAUUCUGUUGAAUGCAACAAAAUUGGUGUGAGCUAUGAAGCUUUCAAUCGACAACCAAACUUUUGCUCUUCGCCCUUUUGGACCUGCUUGCAUAAUCAAUUGUGGAAUUUUCGGGAGGCUGACCUGAAUCGAAUAAGUAGGAAUCAAGUGCCACUCUAUGGUUUGGAAGGAAGGUUUGAAAGGAUAAACCAACAUCCAAGUGCUGGGAGUUAUUCAUUCUCCAUAGGAAUUACAGAGGUUCUUAAUACAAACCUUGUGCUAGAAUUAAGUGCGAAUGAUGUAGAGUAUGUUUAUCAAAGGAGCCCAGGAAAGAUUAUAAGUGUUAGCGUCCCUACAUUUGAAGCCCUAACCCAAUUUGGAGUUGCUAUAAUCACAACUAAGAACACGGGUGAGGUGGAAGCGUCAUAUAGUUUGACGUUUAAUUGCUCCAAGGAUAUCACCCUGAUGGAGGAGCAAUUUUUAAUAAUGAAGCCAAAUGAGAUUACAACCAGAUCGUUCAAACUCUACCCCAGCAAUGAUCAAGCUUCAAAAUAUUUUUGUGCGGCCAUAUUAAAGGACUCUGAUUAUAAUGAAGUUGAUAGAGCCGAAUGUCAAUUUGCUACGACGGCAACUGUUCUUGACAAUGGCACACAGCAGGCAAUUAAUGGACAAUGCAAUACCGUUUCCCGUAGAUAUAUUAACUUAAUCAGAAAGGGGAUGCCUUUUCAACCACCGGAGACAAGUUUAAAUGGUUUCUUUGAUUCUAUUGAAAACUUAUGGAAUAAACUUUGGACCAGCUUAACAGAAUUUAUGACUGGAAGAACUUGUAGACAAAAAUGCUCUGGGUUUUUUGACUUCAAGUGCCACAUACAAUAUGUAUGCUUGAGUUGGGUAAUGAUGUUUGGUCUGUUUUUGGCAAUUUUUCCGACAGUGCUUGUACUAUUAUGGCUUUUACACCAAAAGGGUCUAUUUGAUCCUCUUUAUGACUGGUGGGACGAUCUCUUAGACGCUGAUGAACAAAUCGUCAUGGAUAAACGCAAAACCACAACUGACAAGGGACAUCACCAUAUUCAUGACAGCAACCAUCACAAGCAAGAGUUUAGGCGCCCUAACUAUAAUGCUCGAUAUAGGCGAAGGACCGCUUAUGAGCAUAAACUCAAGCAUUCGGGAAGGAGCUCUGAUUAUUUUGAUGAUUUACAUGUUCAUAAAGAAAUGCACAAGCAUUCUGAAAGGAAUUCCGAUUAUUUUGAUCAUUCACACCAUGUUCAUAAAGAAAUGCACAAGCAUGGUCAUAAGAAAAAGAACAUGGAUAAUCGGCAGCAUACUGCUGACCAUCCUGCACACCACAAACACAGAAAGAAAUGGGAUAGUUCAGAGGGACAAGAGAAGAAGAUAAAGCAUGAUAAAGUGAGGCAAGAAAAUUAUGGCAAACGCAGACAAGUUCAGCUAGAUGAGCCAGAGGAUGAGUAGAUUGAAGCCCGAACUUACAACUUAAUGCGGACAUCUUUUUUUUUUUUACUUUCAGACACCAAAGUUUAACAGCAACUUGCUAGUUGAUAUACCUACUUCAUUGAAUCAUGGUUACGCUUUAUCCUUUUACCUUCUCCUAU